CAUCAGAUCAGGGUACUCAUCGCCGAUUCAGACGUCAUCAAGGCCAUCGAAUUUCUCUUCAAACGGGAAGGAAGCCCCCAAACAAGUUAGUUGUAACUGUUAGUUCAGUCAUCUACUAACGAAUAUCAUGCAAACUGUUGGCCAAAUCUGUUAGCGUCACUUCUCUGGGAAUCUUGACAGCCGGUCAACCCCAGCCCGUUUGUCCACUACGUGAGAUGGAAAGAGCCCAUCCGUGCCACUCACCGAGGACAGAACAACCAGAUCAAAUAAUACGAGCACCUUCCCUUUAAUCCACAGUACACCACGCCGACUUCAUUUACCACUGGUCCCCAGACGUGACUAUUUCAGCUCCCGCCCACCCAGCAACACAACUUCCAGUCCUCCACCACCACCGCCACCUCUAUCUCGCAGCCCCAACACCGCAACACAAACAUACACUUCCGACUGAGAUACAGAAGGCUUCACAAGCACCAACAACGGACGUGACUGUGACGCCAAUCAACGACAACACAGCAGCGAUCAAUCACCAGACACCAACAUGAGCACCACCGAGCAACAGCAACUUCCCUCGCGUGAGGAGCUCCAGCAGCGUGCUGUUGAGGGCCACCCCAUCACCACCGAUGAGGUUUCAAAGAUCGCCAAGACGGAGGCUGAGCUGACGGACGGUCGUGGACCUAUUGCGGGCGGAGUUGCCGCGACGGCGCAGAGCUUGAAGGCCAAGCAGGAGCACUUCAUUGAGGUGGCCAGCGAGGUGUCUCACAAGCCCGUCAACGAGGUCACCAGAGAGGAUGCGGCUGCUGUUGAGAGCGCCGAGGCACGUCUUCUUGGUCACCGUCCCCCCAAGGGAUCGACUGCCGCCACGAUUCAGUCGAUCGCCGACAAGAACGAGAGACUUAUGUCCGAGACCAAGGAGGAGUCCUAAUUAGUUGGGAUUCGUUCGAAGUUUGCUAUAAUGAUUACGACGACACGGUUUGCACAUUUAGGCAUGGGAGUUAUGGAGGAUAGGCUUUGGGAGAGAUUACACAAGAAACAUAGCAUAUGGACAAUGACUAAAAAGUCUGGUGGGAAGAAUUUGAUUGAUUGGGAUCACUAGAGACUUACAUCAGAUAUUGCCAACCCAUACCAGCUUUGCUAGUACAGCACGAUGGGUCCAAAAGAAACAAUUUCGACA